AUGAUUGGCCCCAACGCCCAAACCCCUGCAGUACACUAUGGGUCUCUUUUUAUCUUCUUCGGCUAUCUGUCUCUGGCCAUCUUUCUUGUGUUCAUCUGCUUUCGCCCCAUCUACCUUAGGUAUCAGGCGCGCCAACACCAAAAUGACUGGGCUCCACCUUACCGACAUCGUCAUUUAGCCUUGUUUGUCUUCCUAGCUGGUUUAAGCCUCGGUACGACAUGGUACCACAUGAUCAGGCUUUUUGCCCAUUCGUACAAUAGCUGGGCAGCCAGCCCCGACGGCUUGCCUUAUUGGGGCGGAGAAACAUCCCUCAUAACUCGCCUGGGCCUUUGGUUACACAAAACAUAUGUAUUCCAAGAAGCUUGGGAGACGGUGUCGGAGAACCCAUCCAGAUUUUGGUGGAGUGGUCAAAUCUUUGGCUGGACAAUUGGUUGGAGCCUUUUCCUUGGUAUCACAGGCCGGAGAUAUCACAUUCCCCAUGUCUGGGUCUUCAUGCUUGUGGCCCAGGGGGUCAGUGUCUCCUUCGCGGCAAAUUUGUUUUUCGCUGCAAUUAUUGUCUCGUCGCAGCCGAACGAAAAGGACGUAUCCCUCGUUUGGCACCCACAGUUGCUAUAUGAGCUUGGCCCUGUUGCGCUUUCAAUUCUGUACACGGUUGCUGUUCCGACCUUUGCGUACAAGCAAGGUUUCAUGCCGAUCUUGCUCGUACCCCACUUGUUGGUUUUUAUUCCUUGUGUGUUGGGCCCGCGAGGAUCCUCCGUCCCCGCGAAACCUGAUAAGGCACAGUUUAACUAUACUACCCAGCGAUACGUUAAAUUUCUUCAGUACGUCGCGGCAGUCUCUGUCGCUCUUCAGGGAUAUCUGACCAUUCUCAUGCUCCAACACAUGGGAACAGAUGUACCGCAUAACAAUGUUGCUAGGUACUUGCUGGACACAAUGUAUGUUCAUCCGGCUUGCAGUAGCGUUAGCUGGGAUGUAAUUAUGUGUACGCUGAGUGCCUUUGUCUGGAUGAUUGUCCAUAAAUUUGACAUGAGUCAGAUGCUUGGAGGCCAGUAA